AUGCCGUCCCAGCGACGAAUUUCCUCAGUCCAGGCCAUCGAUGUUGAGUUGGCUUCGGAUUCAGGAGUUCCAGCUUAUAAUGCAUAUGAGUUGAUGGGAACACAGUCCGGUGGCAAAAAAUCAGUUGGGUACUUGAAAGUGGAUCUUAAAAAUUAUUUAAGGACGCGAAAACAAAAGGAGCUUCUUUGUGGAGAGGCGGCAUGGCUUGUGGAUUAUUUUGAGACGCGUGGUUGUGAAGAUCCUUCAUUCUUUUAUUCCUUGCAACUAGAUACUGAGCAAAUGAUUACGAAUAUAUUCUGGUCAGAUUGUAGAAUGAUCAUUGAUUAUGGCCAGUUUGGAGAUGUUAUCAGUUUCGACACAACAUACAAAGUGGUACAUGGCAACAGACGAUUUGUAAUUUUCUUGGGUAUGAAUCAUCACCGGGAGACCGCUAUGUUUGGAGUAGCCUUAAUGUAUGAUGAGACAGCGGAUUCGUUUGUCUGGUUAUUUGAAACGUUCUUAAAAGCGAUGGGCGGAAAAGCGCCAAAGACGAUUAUUACGGAUCAAGACGCUGCAAUGGCGAAGGCAUUAAAGUAG